GCUAGCUGCGUCGAGGGACCAGCCGCGAGCCUGUGCGUUGCUGAGGGAGAGACAGACAGCCGCCGCUUGGCGCGAGCCUGAGACGCUGGAGAUUGAUCCCCACUGCCCUCCCCAAACACAUUCGAGGACCGCGUUCGCUGUGAAAAGGAGUCGGCCUUCGCCACUGCACACACGCAACAUAACUCUCGGCACCCGCCAACGCUGCUGCACCCCGUGACCCCAUAUUUUCGAACGCACCUCACAACCGACCGACCGUCUGCCCCCCGCCUCUUGCGUACCUUGUCCCUCUCUCCGAGGACCCUCUUCCCUCUCCAACACCGGCAUCUGAGCAGCGAACCAGCCCGCCGCCGCAACCAUGAGCUGGAAACUAACCAAGAAACUCAAGGAGACCCACCUUGCGCCGCUCGCCAACACCUUUAGUCGCUCGUCCUCCACAUCUACCAUUGUUGGCGGCGAGCAGACGCCCAAGGCCACGAGCAGCACUGCGCUGUCAGACUCAAAAGACCCCAAUGGCAUCGCCGCCUCCGAAGCAAAUGCGACCCCUCCUCCACCGCCUCUCCGCCCUGGUAUCUUGAUAGUUACCCUCCAUGAGGGCAAGGGCUUCUCGCUCCCGCCCGGCGCAGAGCAGCAUUUCCAGGGCGGCGGACACCAUCAGGGUUCGCUAUCGCAAGGCGGCGGUUUCUCAGUGGCCGGGUCUAUGCGUCCUGGUUCGUCAUCACGGAAUCAAGUCGCCGGCUCGUACAGCUCGAAUAGACCGCAGUCCGCUGCUGGCAGCAUCAACGCGGUCCCCACCAUCCAUGGACGCUACUCAUCCAAAUACCUACCCUACGCACUAGUCGAUUUCGAUAAGCAGCAGGUCUUCAUCAAUGCGGUUUCAGGAACUCCUGAAAACCCGCUGUGGGCGGGAGGAAACACGCAGUACAAGUUCGAUGUGUCUCGAACUACAGAUAUGAGCGUAUCCCUAUACAUUCGCAACCCCUCCGCACCGCCAAACGCAGGCCGAGCCGACGACAUCUUCAUCGGGAAGUGCCAGGUCCGUCCGAGGUUUGAAGAGUCACAAGCUGCUGACGCGGCUGCGAAGAAGGAGACUGGCACGGGUCAAAUCGGUGCUGAGUGGUUGGAGCUUCAAUUUGGCACUGGUUCCAUGAAAGUUGGCGUGAACUUUGUAGAAACCCUAAAAGAUAAGCUCUCUAUCGAUGACUUUGACUUGCUCAAGGUCGUUGGUAAAGGUAGUUUCGGCAAGGUCAUGCAGGUCAUGAAAAAGGACACGCAUCGAAUCUAUGCCCUCAAGACCAUCCGCAAGGCGCACAUCAUUUCCCGCUCCGAAGUCGCGCACACCUUAGCAGAGCGUUCCGUUCUUGCCCAGAUCAACAACCCGUUCAUCGUGCCACUCAAAUUCUCUUUCCAGUCGCCUGAGAAGCUGUACUUUGUUCUCGCAUUCGUGAACGGAGGCGAGCUCUUCCACCACCUACAGAAGGAACAGCGUUUCGACAUUAAUCGUGCUCGAUUCUACGCAGCAGAACUUCUGUGCGCCUUGGAAUGCUUGCACGGUUUCAAUGUCAUUUACCGAGACUUGAAGCCCGAGAACAUCCUUCUGGAUUACACUGGUCACAUCGCGUUGUGUGAUUUCGGUCUUUGCAAGCUCGACAUGAAGGAUGAAGACCGGACAAACACAUUCUGUGGAACUCCCGAGUAUCUUGCUCCUGAGCUUCUCACUGGAGCAGGCUACACGAAGACUGUCGAUUGGUGGACACUUGGUGUUCUCUUGUACGAGAUGUUGACAGGUCUCCCACCGUUCUACGACGAGAACACCAACGACAUGUACCGCAAGAUCCUCACAGAGCCUCUGCACUUCCCCGGACCAGAGAUCGUGCCACCGGCUGCGCGAGACUUGCUAACUCGUCUCCUCGAUCGCAACGCCGAAAAACGUCUGGGAGCCAAGGGUGCUGCAGAGAUCAAGGCACACUACUUUUUCCAUAGCAUAGACUGGCGGAAACUUUUGGAGAGGAAGUACGAGCCCAGCUUCAAGCCCAAUGUAGCUGAUGCGAAGGACACGGACAACUUUGAUGUUGAGUUCACCCGCGAAGCGCCUACCGACUCCUAUGUGGAUGGACCAAUGCUUUCACAGACCAUGCAGCAGCAGUUUGCUGGUUGGUCAUACAACCGUCCCGUUGCCGGUCUUGGUGACGCGGGUGGAUCGGUCAAAGAUCCCUCGUUUGAGGAUGCGGCACGAUAGAGUUCUGCAAGGAGGGAGAGUUUGUGGAUGCUUAAGCACGGAACGAUCUAGACAAGGGCGUUGGGUGAUUAUUGGCCUUCGGCAGUACGCAUCAUAAAUUUCGCUUAGCGAGUACCAGUCCAACUCACCGUGGCUGAGAACCUCGCCUUGCAAACACCCGAGCAGAUGUUUGGCCCGGACCAUUUGAGACUUAGCAAGCGUGGGGAGGCGUGGGCGUGGAACGGCAUCAUGAGUCAGGCGCAGCAGACAGCAACACACGCCGAGAGGCAAUUCAGAAUCACUUACACAUCUUGGACAC